AUCAAACAAUGAGAGCAGUGGAGGGAACAACAGAGGAGCUCAUUGUUCCACAAAGAUCAAGUCACCGUGCCAGUGGACAUGGGAGGUUCUAGAGGGGAGGGAGGGGGACGGGGGACGUGGAUGGAGACGGCACAGGUCAGAAGGUUUGGUAAGGCCUAUAAAUGAGCUGCAGCGACAGCUAACCAGACCUCAGAUUCACUUUGACCUCUCCUGCAGUCGGACCAUGGACAUCCCCAUCCAGUACCCCUGGUACCGCAGGGUCCUCCCACACCGACGUUCUGACCUCACCGCAGCAGAACCUCUCACGGACUGGCCUCUGAUCCAGCCUUUCUCCUGGUCCCCCCCCUGGAUUCGUCCAUUCUCACGUUUGUUCAACUGGGUCGACAUGGAGCACAGCGAGAUGCGCAUUGAAAAGGAUCGUUUUGUCGUUUACCUGGACGUAAAGCACUUCUCCCCUGACGAGCUGUCCGUCAGCGUCAGGUACAACUUCAUCACGGUCCACGCCAAACACGAAGACAGAGAGGACGACCACGGCUUUGUGUCACGUGAGUUUCUGAGGAAGUACAGACUUCCUGCUGGCGUGUCGGGCGUGGACGUCUCCUCCAGUCUGUCGGCCGACGGUGUGUUGACCAUCACCGCACCGCGAUCUUCACCACGGCCGGAGCGCAGCAUUCCUAUAACACGUGAAGAGGGGAAAUCCAAAGAGAAGAAGUAGAGCCGAGUCUGACGGCGUCUCACCACUAACAGACACAAACUGACGAUGACGUCAUAACACAGGACAGACCAUAAUAAUCCCCUCAGCAGGGCUAUUAUCUCCACAAACACAUCCAUGGACCGAUGAACAGAAAAACAAACAGACACUAAAAUAAUAUUAAAUAACAUGAAUAACAUUUAAAAAAUAAUUUAAUUAAAUUUCAUCAACCAGAAGAAGUUUCACUUUAGAUUUAAUUCAAAGUCAUUUCCAGUGGCAAUAAAUUCUUUUUUAUCCUUUUCGCGUUUUUUGCUCAUUUUGUUAUUUUUAAGGCAAAGAAAUGACUGCUGUAAUUGUUGUUUUUAUGGCUUCAGCUUCUCACCAGCAGAUAGCGCUCUAAGCCUACAUCGUCUACACCAAGAGCCAGCUCUGCUCCCACCACUGUAUCUGUCACGUCAACAUAGUUUAGUUUGGGUGACGCUACAGUGCGUGAUGCUCAUCACAGACAGCAUGAACGGUUAUUCUUCAGACCGAGUGUCGAUAUCACCUGUGAAUCGGAUAUCGUAUCGAUUGUUCUUCAAGACAACCUCAGUCUGAACUGCCAUCUGACGUUAAUGUCGUUGAACUGAGACGGAAGUCUAGAAA